AUGGCUACGGCCGAGGUUUUGGCGUUCCCAGGAACAUUUCUGGGAAGCGCAUGUGGUUGGAGAACAACGACCCAGCCCUCACCGACUGGCUGGGAUGAACAAGAUACAACCAUCCGCCUGGGCAUGAUUGCUCGGGCGUGGUUGCAAGCUAGGCGCCAUGCUACGACUCGAUAUACCCUUCUCUGGAGGAACUCUCACUCAGCUCUCAACAACCCCUCAUCUCCUCUCACGGUGCCCGAAUGCGCCCCGCGAUGGUCUCGACGCUUCGCCCCUCUACCCGAACCCUCGGAUGCGACCGACAUCGUUAUGGACCCCACCGCUACUGACGCCUGCGCCAGCCAACAUUCUCCCACAUUGCUGUCAUCUUUCCCUCUGCCUCCAACAUCCACCCCGCAGGAGCGGCGGAGGCGCAGCCGCGAUGCUUUCUUCGCCGAUCCGACCCAGGAAUUCGAGGUUGACUUCUCUUCCGAGGACGGUUUCUGGCAAGCUGCAAAGAAGAAAAAGAGCGCUGCUGCCAAAGCUGCCGCUAACAAGCCUGCCGAGACCAAUAACAACAACAGCAACGACGACGACGGCACCAAGAAGAACGAUGAAGGCGGCGGCGAUGAUCAGGGUGGCGACGCUGGCAAGAAUGAUGGCAGUGCCGGUGGUGCUGGCGGGGACGGCGGGGACGGCGGUGAUGGAGGGGAUGGAGGCGGCGGCGGCGGCGGCGGCGGCGGCGAGCCUGACCCUGUCGACGACUGGGGCAGCUUCGCACCCGCCAAGAAGAAGAAGGGGAAGAAGGGCGCUGCGGCAGACCCUACCCCCGAGGAGGCACCCGCCGAUUCCUUCCAGGAAAUCAAACUAGACGAUCCAAACGUGGGCUCGGGCGGGCUCGACAUCAAUUUUGGCACCACUGACACCAAAACAUCAUCCUUUGGCACGUGGGGCACCAGUUGGACCACAGGAGGGGCAUGGGACUUUUCCAGCACCACCAAAGACGCCGCGCCCGCUGAACCCAAGGAGGACGACAGUGCCUGGGGCAUCAAUCGCCCAAAGCCCAAAAAGAAGGGCAAGAUUGGCUUUGGGUUUGGUGAUGUCGACGAAGUCGCCGAGGAACCCCCGGCGACAUCUCCCCCAGACGAAAAGAAAGAAGACAUUGGCUUCUCCUUUGCCACGGCUGCUUCUAAAAAGGAUAAGAAGAAGAAGAACAACCCUUGGGGGGAUCCGGAGCCCGAGCCCGAGCCUGACCCAGCCCCGAUACCACCUCCAGCUCCCGACCCUGAACCCGCUGUCGACGACUGGAUGGGCACGACAACGACGUCCAAGAAGGACAAGAAGAAGAAAAAGAAGGGCGCGGCCGAGCCAGAACCGGAGCCGGAGCCGCCUGCUCCAGUGCCAGUACCUGAUCCGCCGAAGGAAGAGGACGACAUUUGGGAUAGCUGGGGGACUGGGAAAAAGAAAACGAAGAAGAAGGAGGAACCGCCGAAAGAACCAGACCCACAACCUGUACCGGAGCCCGAACCCGUGCAGGACGAUGCCUGGGGCUCGCCAGCUUCGAAGAAGGACAAGAAGAAGAAGAAGAAAGGCGCUGCUGCGGAGCCGGAACCGCCACCUCCUGUGGUGCCUGAACCGGAACCGGAACCCGAACCUGUGCCAGAGCCGGUGCUGGAGCCAGAACCCCCAAAGGCGGACGAUGAUUUCAUGAGCGGCUGGGGCACUACUGGCAAGAAGGACAAGAAAAAGAAAAAGGCAUCGAUUUGGGACCCCCCCGAGCCGGAACGUGCCCCUGAGCCGGAGCCUUCGCCCCCGCCCCCGCCCCCACCUGAGCCAGUGCCAGAGCCGGAACCGGAGAAGAAGGACGAUCCUUGGGGUGCCCCCGUAGCCACUUCCAAGAAAGACAAGAAGAAGAAGAAGAAGGGCGCUGUUGAGGAACCCCCGCCCCCACCUCCGCCUCCGCCUGAACCCGAGCCUGUUCCCGAACCCGAGCCGGAGCCUGUCAAGGAAGACGCCUUUUGGGACGAUUUCGGUAGUAAGAAGGAGGACAAGCCGGAGCCAGAACCCGAGGUUGACAUUUGGGGGACAGCUGUCACUAAGAAGGAUAAGAAGAAGAAGAAGAAGGGGGCCGAUCCGGAACCUGAGCCAGAACCCGAACCCAUCCCGGAGCCGGAGCCGGAGCCUGCGCCAGCGGCCGCCGAACCUAGUUCUUGGGACAUUUGGGGUGCCGUUAGCUCUAAAAAGGACAAGGAUAAGAAGAAGAAAGGUAGCGAAGCAACCCCCUCAGCCAACAACGCCACAAGCAAAGUCUUUGGAACCUCUGGAACCGACUGGAUGAGUGCAUUCGGCCAAAAGACUGACGCGAAGAAAGGUAAAGCAUCGGCCUUGGUUGAUUUUGGCCAGGACGAUGCGCCCGCGGGAGAAGAACCACCACCUGCAGCUCCAGAAGUAAGCGACCCCAUGGCCGAGGAUGACUUUUUCAGCUCCUUUGGAAAGAAGACCAAGAAGAAAGAGGCAACUACUGACAAAACCUGGAAGCCGGACGCCAUUGAGGAGCCUGUGGACAUAUGGGGCGCAGCCUCUUCGAAGAAGAAGAAGGACAAGAAGUCCAAGAACGUCCCGGUCGAAAUCGUCGAGGAAGAACCCGCACUGGAAACCGUGCAGCCGGAUUCUGUCGAAGAGACCAAGGACAGCAAAGCCGCCGACGAUCUGGACAUCUGGGGAACGUCUUCGAAGAAGAAGUCAAAGAAAAGCCGGAAGGACAUACUUGCCGACCCUCCGCCACCAGCACCGACCCCUCCCAUGGACUUGACUGAGCCUGAAGCAGAACCUGAACCUGAACCGGAGAAGCCGAAGAAGGAGCCCAAGCUAAGUGAGAAGGAGCUGAAGAAGCUCGAAAAGGAGAAGAAGAAGGCCGAGAAGGAAGAGGCUGCCCGCAAGGCCCAAGAGGAGAAGGAGGCGGAAGAGCAGGCGAAAAAGGAAGAGGAAGAGCGCAUCGCUCGCGAAGCGGAAGAAGCCGCAGCUGCCGAGGCCGCCGAGGCCGCCCGCCUUGAGAAGGAGGCGCUUGCUCUCGCCGAGGCAGAAGCGGAGAAAAUCCGUGCGGAGGAGAAGGAGCUCGAGGCUCUCAUCACGAAGAAGGCGAAGCGAGGGGGUAAGCUGCUGAAAAAAGACCAGGCUGUAUUCGACCGCCUGACCAAAGCCGCCAACGAGCGCGCCGAAGCGAAAGCUGCCGCGGAGGAGAAUGCGGGUGACGACGCGCUGGCAGCACUGGAGGCUGAAGAAGCCGCGGCGCAAGCGGCUAAGGAAGAAGAGGAGCGACUUGCGCGGGAAGCGGAGGAGCAGGCUGAGCGGGAGCGUCAGGAGGCGGAAGCGGCUGAAGCUGCAGCAGCGGAGGCGGCGGCGGCAGAGGCGGCGGCGGCAGAGGAGGCGGCGGCGGCAGAAGCAGCGGCGGCGGCAGAAGCGGCAGCAGCCGCCGCAGCAGCUGAAUCUUCCAAGAAAAAAUCGAAGAAGAGCGCCAAGGCCGAGAAGGAGUCCAAGUCCAAGUCCAAAUCCAAGGCGAAGGAGCCCGAGCCCGAGCCAGCGCCCGAACCGGAGCCCGAACCGGCGCCCGAUGCAGGUGGGGCCGACCUGGACGACGCUAUGAAUGAGCUCAGUCCCGAGCAGAUCGAGGAACUCCUUGCUCCUGAGGCCGAGGGCGCGAAGCCGUCGAGCGACGCCUUCAGCUUCUGGGGCGCAAAGAAGCCUUCCAAAAAAGAAGCUGCCUCGAGCGACUGGAAGGACACCUUCUCAUCUUCGACCGCCGACAAUGUCAUGAAAUCGUCCUCCGCUCGCAAGGCUAGCAAACUCGCCGACCGGCUCAAAGCCUUUGAAGCGCCCGUCGAAGAACCCGAAGUCGAAGAAGCCCCACUCGCGCCCCCGCCACCUCCAGAGCCGACGAGGGAGGAGAAGAAGCGUUCCAAGCGGGAUAAGGACAGAUCGCUCGUCGAGCCCGUUGAAGAAGCCAGUCAUCCCAGGAAGCACAAAUCUGAGCUUCCCGGGUCGUUCCCCGAAGAUGACGACGAGAUUGUAGGCAUUAUCGACAUGUCUCCGGGCAAGAAGAGCAGCAAGAAGAGUAAGAAGAGGUCAAAGGAGGAUGUCCCACCCGAAGCACCACCUCCGCCUCCCCCUCCACCUGCGGUUCCCGACGCGCCUCAACCUUUAACGCCGCCGCCCGACGAUGCGAAGCCCCUCAAGAAGGAGCGCACCAAGAUCAACCGCGAGGGCUCUGCCUCCUGGGGUAUGUGGAACGCCGCUACGCCCGCUACACGUGACAAGGAAAGGGAGAAGGAGAAGAGGCCCUCAAGAACCACGUCCGAACGCAAGUCGAGAAGGUCGCCUACCGAAAAAGAAGAAAAGGGCUCCUCCAAAGGAUCAGCAUCAGACAAGGCCGAACGUGUAGACAGAGCGAGGGAGGCCCCGGGCCGGCCCAAGCUCAUGUCCAUGUUCAGCACCCCACCUGUCUCGCGAUCCACGUCGACCCGAGACAAGAGGCUCGGUGCCAGUGCAAGGCCUUCGCGACGCCAUUCGUACGAUGUCGGCGGCCUUGCCUCCCCUCCGCCGGAGGAAGCGCCUCCUCCGAUGGCAUCCAAAGCUGCCAAGAUCUUUGGCGUUGACAAGUCCGCGAGCAAGCGUCGCAGGCGCGCUCCAGAGGACGAAGAUAUUGUCAUGGUGGGCGCCAAUGGCGAAGAUGUCAGCCCCACCAAGGAGCAACGGCGCCGGCGCACCAAGGCUCCCAAGGACGAGGACAUUGUCAUGGUGGAUGGCGACGGUCCAGCGGAGCCCCCGCCAUUGUCGCGCAGCAACUCGACGGCGAAGAAGGGGUUCGGCGCCAUGUUUAGUGGUUUCAUGACACCAAAGGCUGAGCGCCCUGACCCGCUGCAACGGCGGAACACGUACGCAACGACGGACGACGAGGCAAGACGUGAACGUCGCCAGCGGAGCGCUGCUGGUGACCGCGAAGCAGGCGAAGCGCCCGUGGACGAUGACGAUCGCGAAGCCCGACGCGCAGCUCGUAAGGCCAAGCGCGCCGAGCGCGCCGAGAGAGAGACUGCGGAGCGGGCCGCUGAGGAAGCGCGGCAAGCCAAGGACAAGGCGCGCCGCGAGCGACACCGCAAACGUGAGGAGGAAGCGGAGGCACGGCGUCACGAAGAGAAGGAAGCGAAACGCGCUGAAAGACGUGCAGCUCGCCAGCGCGAGGAGGAAGUGAAGCGUGCGAGCGCUGACGUCGGCGCUGAUGCCGGCGCUGAUGCUGAUGCUGAUGCCAGACGAGCUGAGCGCAGACGCCGUCGCAAGGAUCGUGAGGCUGCUGCCGCUGCUGCCGCUGGAGAGGCCACGGAAGCUGAGGCAAGACGUGCUGCGCGCGAUGAGCGACGUCGCGCCCGGCCAGUCGAGGCAUCUGAAGACGAGGAGGCAAGAUUGCGACGACGCGAGGCAAGACGUGCUGCUCGCGCGGCUGACGAAGACAACGGCCAACAUCGGAGCAGCCGACACCGCUCCACGCAUCCAUCCCGUCGCAAGGGCGAGGCCAAGCCAGCGUGGCCCCAUUCCGGUACAUCUUCCUGGGUCAAGGAGCACUCAGAUGCGCCCCCGCCGCCGGAAACCGAAGACGAAGCCAGGCGCGAGAGGCGUGAGCGUCGUCGACGAGCCAAGACGGAGGAUGCCACGGCGGACGAGGGCGACGACCGUCGCCGCCGCGCUCGUCGGGAGGAGCGGGAGCGGCGCAACGGCGCGGCGCCAACGGGGGCGGGUGGUUCGGAAGGCAGCGAUGAGCGGCGGCGGUCUCUCUACGGGGGCGGCGGCGCGAGCGCAGCCGCCGAGCCGGCUCCGCCUCGAAGCAGCUGGUGGAGGAAGAUCACGGGUUGA